UUGCGAAAGGCGAUCUACUGCAAGAAUGCUAACGCUAUACAAAGCCGAAUCUCAUAGCCCAACAGUUGGCGAUGCAGCAACAGCAACAGCAGCAGCAACAACUACAACAGCAGCAGCAACAGCAAAUGGCCCAGCAGGGAAACAACCCCGGCCAGCACCCCAUCAAUCCCCAAGGCCCAGGCCUCAACAUGCAAGCUCAACUGGCCGCUCUUCAUACGCAACAGGCUCAUGCCCAACAGUCGGCGGCAGUUCAGGCUGCCCAGGCCCAGGCCCAGGCACAGCAAGGAGGGCCGGGGCAACCACAGCAGCAGCAGCAACAACCACAGGCCCAGCCGCCUCAACAACCGCCCCAACAGCAGCCGGGUCAGCCUCAGCAGCCUAACCAACAGCAACCACAGGUUCAGCCAGGUCCGGGAGUUAAUGGGCCAGCACAGAAUCAGGGGCCUGCUCAGGGCCCUACACAGCAGCCGAACGCCCAACAGCAGGUUUCUCCUCAAACGCCGCAGACCACACAAGCCCAGCAAGCCCAGCUUGCCCAUGCCCAAGUCCAAGCAGCUGCCAAUGUUGCCAGCCUGUUGCAGCAAAAACGUGUAGAUAGCGCAAACUUGAAGGGCCAGUGCUUGCUCAAGCUUAAUUUGUUCAAUGAGCACUUGAAUGGGUUCACGGGCUCCCAGGGUGCAGACGGCUUAAAGUACUGGCACCACUUUGUCCAGCGGUUCUUCUCCCAAAAAGGCGUCUUCCGCCAAACUUUUAAGAAACGUGAGGAUGAAGCUGCCGAUCCCAAGCCGUACGAGAUCGACUACGCAGCUUUGCCGCGAUUCUUCAACGUGCAUUUCGAGAGUGGCGUAUCGAAAAUGCAGCUGGUCACGCAGGGGACGACAGACAGAUCGAUGCCCCAUGACGGCCAUUUCAUUGAAAUCGCCAAGGCGAGUGUCUUCUACUGGUACGACAAUGGAUCGCAUGUCGUACACAAUGGAACUCUCCGGAUCCAAUUCGAUAGCGACCAAAAUAUCGAGCUUUUCGACUUUGUCGUUGAGAACCACGAGGAGUACCAUUCGCGGCGCGCAAUCAUCGAGGCUGCUCGGCCUUCGCAUACCUGGAUCAAGGAGUGGAGAUCCCUGAACCCGCCUGACAGCAAGCAGUCCCCAGAGAUGAGCAAAAAGGGCAAGCAAAGGCCGUACAAGAGCCCAGCCACUCCGCCGCCGGAUAUUGAGCUCCCGGACUCUUGCGUGAAAAUCGGCAUGGGGAUUCCAGAAGGCGUGUUUCAGUUCCUGGAGAUGGCCGAUAUCAUAGGCCAAAUGAACCCCCUAUUCACAUUCUCCCACAGCCAUCCCGGCAUUUCUCCGUAUGCUGCUCUUGAGCAGUAUAUGACCCAGAUCACGGGUCAAGGUCCAAAUGUCAACGGUCAGGCGAUGCCGCAAGGAGUACCUAGGACGCCUGGGUAUAACCAAUUCCCUAUGGGUGCCAGUCCAGCGAUGGCAAACCAGAUGCUUCCUGGGUCUCCUCAUAUGGGUAGCCCGGCUCCCGGCCAAAUGCAAGCGCCUGCCAUGCAGCUUCAAGUCAGCCAGCAAGGCACCAACUCUAGUGGGCCAAGCGCAAAUACUUCGCCUCAGCAGAAUAACAAGAAGAGGAGGGCCUCCCAGGCGAAGCUCGAAGAUGAUGGUCCCACCUCGGCCCCGACACCGGCGACUAUCGGUACACCCCAGAUGCCGCAGAUGAACGGCGUCCAAGUGAAGGCUAAGCACCCUCCAACGCCGAGGAUGCAAAAACGCAUGAAGAACAACCAAGGAUAGAAGCCGAGGCGUUCGUUUCUCGAGCUUUGGACGCCGUCUUAAUCGCCUUUCAUAAACAAAUAACAGAAACUCUUUACGGUUGGUGUCUUGGCGUCAUGCUUAGUCUUUUUGAUAUGAGCUCGUUCAGACCUCUCGACUUCUUAGACAUCCACAGCUGGGAAGUCUUGGGCUCGAUUUUUCCUUCUUUUUCUUUCUGUUCACACACGC